GGAGGGAGAGCGAAAGGGACCCCAAACGGACACGCCGCCGCACGCACGCACACCAUACCACACGGCACCACUACCUACCUACCUACCUUACCUACCACAACGCAGCACCACCACCACCACCACCACCACCACACGCACCGCCGCCACGACGCUCCAACCGCCCUCUCAUCGUCGACCUCCCUCCCUCGUCCCGCAAACUCUUCCCCCCAAACUUGCUUCAUCAUCAUCAUCAACAUCACCCACCGUCACCACCCAGCGACACGGUGCCAUAGCCAAUCCAACGCCGAUCCUCCCGCCGAGACAUCGUCGUCAAUCCGCAGCUUCUUGCCAGUUCCUUUCCGCAGCGCAGCGCCUUUGUUCAUCGUCUGUCGCGUCUCCAUCCCUCAACACCACCAAGUCCCCCCAAUCCCGCGGCGAAUCCGCCCCCAAUCCAUCGCACCCAUCAGCUGGGGGGGAAAACGGCAAACUCAGGGCAUUGAUACUAGAUUCGACAAAGAGCUUUUCGCUCCGGCGGCGCAUUCGCUGCACCCACCUGAGCACCGAGGGCGGGCUCCGCCGCCGCGUACUCACACUCCCGCCGCCAACGGCUUGGGCUUCACACGCUCCGGGAAAAAAACCACACAAGCUCCUCCCCCCUAUCGAUUGGGCUGCUGGGAGACAGACAGCUCGCACGCAGCGGCCUGCUUUUGCACAUGGCCGACUCACCGAGCAAGGCCGAUGACGGCCCCCACGAGCGGCGCAGCGCCGGCUACAAGUCGUGGAAGAAGAAGUACCGCAAGAUGCGCAUCGUCUUUGACCAGAAGAUGCAGCAGAGCGAGGAGCUGCACAAGCGCGAGGACAAGGCCUCUGCUACGGUGAAGCGGCUGGCCGUCGAGAACGACCGCCUGCUCGACAUGCUCCUCGAAAUCAACAACUCCCCGCAAAUUCCCCCAGAGAAGCGCAUCGACGUCGCCCUCAAGCCACCCUCCGACUCGCGGUCGCCCGUCCUCCCCCUCGACCGCCGGCAGGCUGCCAGCGCCGAGCGCAAGGACGGCGCCGCCAAGCGCCUCGAGCAGCUCCUCCACGACGUGCCGCACUCUUCGUACGCCGCGACGCGUGACUCCCACCCUGCCAGCGUGACCGACCUCUCCCCGCCAGACGGCGAGGCCCACCCCGCCGGCUUCCUCUCCGCCGACGACAUCGACAACUACAUCUACGCCGUCGAUUCCGCCAUGGACCCGGAUGGCAAGCACGCCGCCCUGCCCACGCUCGCCCCCCGAGCACACCCCAACGCCACCCCAGCGCCGCACCCGCAGAUUAAGAACCCGACAAGUGUGACCAACUGGCUGCGAAAGCACGCGCCCAAGGUCUUCCUCCAGGACGGCGAGCACGGCCCCAGUGCCGACGGUGGCGCCGGCGACGAUCACGCCGACGGCCACCACGGCCAUGGCGGCGCAGGUGGCCACACGGGCGGCCGUAAGUCUCGCGGCGGACGCGGCGGAGAGCGCGGCGGCAGGGGCGGCACCAGGGGUAAGCGCGCCAGUGCGGCGUCGCGCCUCGCCGCCGAACGGGACAAUCACUCCCGCCACCGCGGCGGCGGCGACUGGGAGGCCGGCAUGGACGAUGACCGCGACUUUGGCUCCACGCCCGUCAGCGGCCGGGGCAAGCGCAAGCGUGACGACGACCCGGGGUACCGGCCCGGCGGGUCGACCAGUCGCCCAGCCAAGAAGAAGCGCAAGAGCGAGGGCGGCCCGGACGGCACCCCCGUGGCCCGUCGCUCUAAGAAGGACAAGGAAAGGGAUAGGGACAGGGACGCCGCCGCCUCGGCACCCGCCUCGGCAUCCAGAGACGGCUAACAGACAAAAACGUCUCGGCCGGCCGCCCUUUUUUUUGUGAAAAAAAGGGACUUGUGGUUUAAUGUGUCAACAAAUAUGCGUGUGUUUUCCUUCCCCUAUUCACGUUUUUUUCUCCCACUGUCAAACAUUCAUAUUCUUGUUCCUUCACAUGGUGGGAUGGGAGUUUGCUACCCUUUCCCCCCUCUUCCCCUCGUGCUGUACCACAAGGAUCAAAAUCACGAGUGGCGGGCAGGCAGGCAGGCAGGCAGGCAACAUUGGGACGGACGGAUGGACGGACGGGCGAUCAAGCAGGCAGAACACUUUUGUCGGAGAGAGGAACGCCCGCUCGGAAAGGGUAAAAAAAGGGGGAGAGGAAGAACGGAAGGAGGAUACGUACUUUGAAAAAGGAUCGCGAAGGGGGGGGAUAAUGUCCAAAAAAGGUAAAAGAAGAAUCGGGUCGGACGGAGUUGGUGGUUCUAGAAAAUCGCGUGUACAAUAGAGCAGCAGCAGGAGCAGCAGGAGCAGGAGCAGUAUGUCAUUACUCCAUUGCCUCGGCCGCGGAUGGGGAGCGGAGCGUCCACGCACGAUUCCAUACACUGACGCCGGAGAGCAUACUAUUUCCCUUUUUUUCUAUUCCGUGC